CUCUGGACGCUGGGACAUAGGGGAAAGGGGGAAACCUGAGAUCGGGUGGGUGACCAGUCCAGAAAUCGACCAGCUCCAGGGAGCCACAGUCUUGCCUUUCUACUUUUUGAGGUGAGGCCUCCAUGGAGCGACUCCUGGCCCAGCUGUGCGGUACCAGCGUGUUGCAGCCACUCCCGGUGUGGGAGGGGGACACUACAGGCCAUUGCUUCACUCAGUUGGUGCUUAGCGCCUUGCCCCACGCGAUCCUCGCAGUGCUUAGUGCCUGCCACUGGGGCACCCCGAGGAGUCCAGAUUACAACCUACCCUGCAGUCCUGGCUGGCGCCUCCGACUUGUAACCUCCUUCCUGCUUUCCAUCUUGCCACUGUUAGACUUCCUUCCAGUUGCUAUGCCACCGGGGGCAGGCCCAGGGCCCGUAGGGCUAGAGGUGUUGGCAGGGGGCGUGGCAGCUGUGGCGUGGCUCAGCCACAGCCUGGCCCUGUGGGCACUGGCACAUUCCCCCCAUGGCCGCUCCCGGGGCCCCUUGGCCUUGGCUCUGACUGCCUUCCUGCCAGCCCCAGCCAUAGUGCUCACCCUCCUGUGGCACUGCCAGCGAGGCACACUCCUGCCCCCGUUGCUUCCAGGGCCCCUCUCCCGCCUGUGCUUUCUCGUCCUGCAGCUGACUGCUCUCUUGGCCUAUGGACUCGGCUGGGCAGUCCCUGGGGGGCCAAGGGAACCCUGGGCCCACCAUCCUCUCCCGUCUGAGGAACGUGAGGUAGCUGAAGAUGGGGAGAGUUGGCUGUCACGUUUUUCCUAUGCUUGGCUGACACCCCUGCUAUCCCGAGGUGCCCGAGGAGAGCUCCGACAGCCCCAGGACACUUGCCGUCUCCCCCAUAGAUUGCACCCAGAUUACCUGGCCCGUGUCUUCCAGGCACACUGGAAGGAGGGGGCCCGGCUUUGGAAGGCUCUGUAUGGGGCUUUUGGGCGGCAUUACUUGGCACUUGGAGUGCUGAAGCUGGUGGGUACUAUGCUGGCAUUCUCAGGCCCCCUGCUGCUGUCCUUACUGGUGGGCUUCCUGGAAGAAGGACAGGAGCCACUCAGCAACGGCCUGCUCUAUACCCUGGGGCUAGCCAGUGGGGCUGUGCUGGGGGCGGUGCUGCAGAAUCAGUAUGGGUAUGAGAUCCAGAAGGUGACUCUUCAGGCACGGGUAGCCGUGAUGAAUAUCCUAUACCGAAAAGCACUACAGUUGGGGCCCCAGCGCCCUCCUGCAGGCGAGGUCCUGAACCUGUUAGGCACUGACUCUGAGCGCCUACUCAACUUUGCUGGGAGCUUCCAUGAGGCCUGGGGCCUGCCCCUACAACUGGCCAUCACCCUCUACCUGCUGCAUCAUCAAGUGGGGUUGGCCUUUGUAGGGGGUCUGAUCCUGGCAGUGCUGCUGGUACCUGUCAACAAAGUGAUUGCCACCCGGAUCAUGGCCAGUAACCAGGCGAUGCUGCGGCACAAGGACGCACGCGUGAAGCUCAUGACAGAGCUGCUGAGUGGCAUUCGGGUCAUCAAGUUCUUCGGGUGGGAGCAGGCACUGGGGGCUCGAGUGGAGGCCUGCCGGACUCUGGAGCUGGGGCGCCUCCGGGUCAUCAAGUACCUGGAUGCAGUCUGCGUGUACCUGUGGGCCGCCCUGCCGGUUGUCGUCUCCAUUGUCAUCUUCAUUACCUAUGUCCUCACGGGACACCAGCUUACUGCCACCAAGGUGUUCACGGCCCUGGCAUUGGUGCAAAUGCUCAUUUUCCCCCUCAACAACUUCCCAUGGGUGAUCAAUGGCCUGCUGGAGGCCAAAGUGUCAUCGGACCGGAUCCAGCGUUUUCUUGACCUCCCCAGUCACAACCCCCAGGCCUACUACAGCCCAGAUCCCCCCACAGAGCUAUCUACAGUAGUGGAACUACAUGAAGCCCUGUUCUCUUGGGAUCCAGCUGGAACCAGCCAGCAGACCUUCAUCAGUCACCUUGAAGUAAAGAAGGGUGUCCUGGUGGGCAUCGUGGGGAAGGUAGGCUGUGGGAAGAGCUCACUACUGGCCGCCAUCGCUGGGGAGCUCCACAGGUUGCAAGGUCGGAUAGCUGUGUUGGGGCUGGCCAAAGGGUUUGGCCUGGCCACUCAGGAACCCUGGAUCCAGUUCGCCACCAUCCGAGACAACAUUCUCUUUGGGAAGACUUUUGAUGCCCAGCUGUACAAGGACGUUCUAGAGGCCUGUGCCCUCAACGAUGACCUUAAUAUCCUGCCUGCUGGAGACCAGACGGAGGUGGGGGAGAAGGGUGUGACGCUCAGUGGGGGACAGCGGGCCCGGAUUGCCCUAGCUCGUGCUGUCUACCAGGAAAAGGAGCUCUAUCUCCUUGAUGACCCUUUGGCAGCUGUGGAUGCAGAUGUGGCCAGCCACCUGCUGCAACGGUGCAUCCUGGGAAUACUGGGCCACACCACGCGACUGCUCUGUACCCACCGCACUGAGUACCUGGAGAGGGCUGACGUGGUGCUGCUGAUGGAGGCCGGUCGCCUCAUCCAAGCUGGACCUCCCUCUGAGAUCCUGCCAUUGGUUCAAGCUGUCCCUUCAGCCUGGGCAGAGAAUGGACAAGAGUCUGACUCAGCCAUAGCCCCGUCAGUACAGAGCCCAGAGAGGACAAAGGAAGGCCUGGAGGUGGAGAAGAGCGCAUCGGGUCGCCUGCUGCAGGAAGAAAGCAAGCAGGAGGGUGCUGUGGCCUUCCAUGUGUAUCAGGCAUAUUGGAGGGCCGUGGGGUGGGGCCUGGCCCUGGCCAUCCUCAUCUCUCUGCUCCUCAUGCAAGGCACACGGAAUGCAGCUGACUGGUGGCUCUCCUACUGGAUCUCCCAGCUGAAGGCAGCCAAAAAUAGCUCCCAGGAGGCACCAGUCCCCAGCACCCCAGACUUCACAGGCCUUCUCUCCACCCGGCUGCUCCUCUUCUCCCCUGGAAACCUCUACACCUCAAUGUUCCCACUGCCUAAAGCUGCCCCCAGUGGCUCCGCAGACAUCCGCUUCUACCUCACUGUCUAUGCGGUCAUCGCUGGCAUCAAUUCCCUCUGCACCCUUCUCCGGGCAGUGUUCUUUGCAGCCGGCACCCUCCGGGCAACCGCCACCCUGCACCGCCGCCUGCUGUGGAAGGUCCUUAAGGCACCAGUGACCUUCUUCGAGUCCACGCCCAUAGGCCGGGUCCUAAACCGCUUCUCCUCUGACGUGGCCUGUACAGACGACAGCCUGCCCUUCCUCCUCAACAUCUUCCUGGCCAAUGCAGUAGGUCUGCUGGGCCUCCUGGCUGUGCUGGGGUCUGGCCUGCCCUGGCUGCUGCUGCUGCUGCCACCUCUGGGCGUCAUCUACUACCGCGUGCAGCGCCACUACAGGGCCUCGGCGCGAGAGCUGCGUCGCCUGGGCAGCCUCGCCCUGUCUCCACUCUACACCCACCUGGCCGACACCCUGGCCGGCCUCCCAGUGCUCCGGGCCACCGGAGCCACCAGCAGGUUUGAAGAGGAGAACCAGAGACUCCUGGAGCUAAACCAGAGGUGCCAGUUUGCUGCCGGUGCCACGACGCAGUGGUUGGACAUUCGGCUGCAGCUCAUGGGGGCUGCAGUGGUCAGCGCCAUCGCGGGCAUCGCCCUGGUGCAGCACCAGCAGGGCCUCGCUGACCCAGGACUGGUGGGCCUGUCGCUGUCCUAUGCCCUGUCCCUGACGGGCCUGCUCUCGGGCCUGGUGAGCAGCUUCACGAAGACAGAAGCCAUGCUGGUGAGUGUGGAGCGGCUAGAGGAGUACUCGUGCGACCUGCCCCAGGAGCCCCAAGGCCAGUCCCCGCAGCUGGGCAUCGGCUGGCUGACCCAGGGGAGCGUGGAGUUCCAGGACGUGGUGCUGGUGUACCGAACAGGGCUGCCAAAUGCCCUGGAUGGGGUGACCUUCCGCGUGCAGCCUGGAGAGAAGUUGGGGAUUGUGGGCCGCACAGGCUCCGGCAAGUCUUCGCUGUUACUGGUGCUCUUCCGGCUGGUAGAGCCCAGCUCGGGGCGAAUACUGUUGGACGGCGUGGACACCAGGCAGCUGGAGCUGGCCGAGCUCAGAUCCCAGUUGGCUAUCAUCCCCCAGGAGCCAUUUUUGUUCAGUGGGACUGUUCGGGAAAAUCUGGACCCCCGAGGCCUAUACAAGGACAGGGUCCUGUGGCAGGCCCUGGAGCAGUGUCACCUGAGUGAGGUUAUCGGAUCUCUGGGUGGUCUGGAUGGUGAGGUGGGCGAGGGAGGCCGGAGCUUAUCCCUGGGUCAGAGGCAGCUGCUGUGUCUGGCCAGGGCCCUCCUCACAGACGCCAAGAUCCUGUGUAUUGACGAGGCCACAGCAAGCGUGGACCAGAAGACAGACCAGCUACUGCAGCAGACCAUCUGUAGACGCUUUGCCAACAAGACAGUGCUGACCAUUGCCCACAGGCUCAACACGAUCCUGAACUCGGACCGGGUGCUGGUGCUGCACGCGGGGAGGGUUGUGGAGCUGGACUCGCCUGCUGCCCUGCGCAGCCAGCCCCACUCGCUGUUCCAGCAGCUGCUACAGAGCAGCCAGCAGGCUGCCCCAUCCUCCCUCUAAGGCCCCACCCUCCAGAGUACCCCUGUCUUAGCCACUUCAGGGACAAGAUACCAGUGCUCUUUUAUAUUCUUCUUGGUUCUCCCUCACUUCCCCAGAGGAGAGAGGGCCUCCUGGGUUCCUCUUUGGAAACGACUCCUUGGAUGGCAGAGGCCCCAAAC